GCGAGGAAGAUAGAGGGGGGAGAUGGGGAAGAAGGUGAGGUGGUUUGAUGCCGUGCAGAGGAUCCUGAGCACGUCGUCGGAGUCUGAUCGUGAGGAGAAGGAAGAAAAGAAGGCCGAGAGACCGACGAGCAAACUGAACUUCAAGAAGUUAUGGCAGUUCGGCAAGUCCAGUUCGUCCAACUCCUCGUCCUCCGCCGCGCCGGAGACCGCUCCGGCGGCACAUCCGCAGCCUCCCCCGCCGUCCCCGUCGCGGCCUGAUCGGCAGAAGGCUGUGGAGGUCACAGAGGCCAAAUUCGCCGGCACGGCGACGGCGAGCGAGCAAAACGAUGGCAGAUACCAGGUGCGGACGGCAGAGGCAGUCGUCUGUGCUACGUCCACCGUCACGCCAAGAGCGCUCGACCGUUCAGAGGAGGAGGUCGCCGCCGUCAGGAUUCAGACGGCUUGCAGGGGCUAUCUGGCAAGGAGAGAGUACCGGCGGGCAAGAGCACAGGCUCGGCUGAUGUCGCUGCUGGAGGGGAUCGCCGUCAGGCGCCAGACAGAGGAGGCACUGUACUGUAUGCAGACGAUGACGAGGGUUCAAACCCAGAUAUACUCGAGAAGGGCCAAGACUGAGGAGGACAAGAAAGCUCUCAGGAGACAGAUCCAGCUUAAGCAAGGGCUUGACAAAACGAAGACUGGUGAAGGCUGGGAUCAUAGCCACCAGUCCAAGGAGCAGAUGGAAGCCACGCUUGCGAUGAAGCAAGAAGCUGCGUCGAGGCGGCAAAAGGCGCUCUCGUACGCGUUCUCUCGUCAGUGGCGGAACAGAAACCCUGCUUCGUCUUCUUCGGGACGAGCUGCGCUGACGCAGUCGUCGAAUCCGCCAAUGUACAUGGACCCCGGCUGCCCCAACUGGGGCUGGAGCUGGUCGGAGCGCUGGAUUGCGGCGGCCAGGCCGUGGGAGUGCCAGACCGCGCCGCAGCCGGACAAGGACAAGGACCGCGCCCCUGCUACGCCCAAGACCCCCGGCCGGGCCGCGAAGCCGAGGGUGUCCAUCUCCAUCCAGAUACCCACCACGCCGACAGGCAGAUCUCCCAGGCUGCCCUCGCCAUCGACCCCGACGCGGCCGCGAUCGCCGUCGGUGCUGGGUAAGACGAUCACGCCGCCGGCGCGGUUGCCGAGCCCGAGGGGAAGCCCGCUCCACAGGUCGGCGACCCUGCUGUCGGAGCGCCCACGGAGCAGCCAAGAGCACCUGGGGAGCGGCGGGAUGGAGGCGGCGCUGCGGCGGACGACCAGCAUGCGGUCGGGGGAGACGCCGAGGAGGAUAAGCGUGAGAGCAAGGGACGCCGACACGGGCGACACUGGCGGCGCGCCGGUGACGCCCAGCUACAUGCAGCAGACCAAGUCCGUCAAGGCAAAGGCCCGGUGCGCAAGCCCCAUAGCGGCCGACAGGGCCGAGCUCACAGUGAGGGUGCGUCCCGUGUCCUCGCCGUCGGUGCAGAGGCGCAUGCCGCUGGAGUUCGCGGAGAAACCGGGCGCGUCGUCGUCGCCGAGGACGCCCAGCAACAGCAAGGCGAAGCCGGAGGUCAGGGCGAAGCGGCCUCCCAGUCCCAGGUUUUUGGUUUAGCUAGCUGAGCUAUGUAGUAUACCCAGAGUGACACCGUCACAGUGUUGUUCGAGUUUUCGCCUAGUUCGUAGUCUAGUGUUUUGGGUAAUUCUCCGAAAUUCGAUUUUGUAAUUUGGAGUCAUUUGAUCGAUCUAUGUUUUGAGUUCGCGUCCUACAACUAUCUCUUUAGCCAUUUCAGCUGAUCCAUCUAUUCCAAAACAUAAGGUGAAUAAUUACAUGUGUGCAAAAGUAUAUAGGUUGGUCAUGAAAGAAUAAA